AUGGCAGACUCUUGCGCAGCAAACACGCACAAGGGCUACUGUUGCUAUGGCGAACUGGACGAGAUUACUGAAUGGGACACUAGUGGUACCGCAGCGCAGAUUCGCUCGACACAGGCUGACAAAAUUGCGGAGCUUGACUUCCUUCUACACUUGUACUUUCAGAAUCCUACAUGUCCAGCUCCACGUAGCAGGCUGCAGCGCAGGGCCAUGGAGUACGAGAUGAGACGUGCGAAUCCUGUAUCAGGCAUGACCAUUGGACAGUAUAGUCUGCUUGUGAGUUCACUCGCACUAGCCAUGCUACCCCCUAAGCUUCUUCCAGCAAUGUUGGCAAUGCUGCAAAAAUACUUUACCCCUCGCAAUGUGGCAGAGCCUGAAGAGUUACACGGCUGGGUCAAUCGUCACGAGCGGGACCCGUGGGACGUCGUAGACGACUUCCUCUGCGAUCUUCCGGCGGUGACUGAACAGAUACGCACACGAGAUACCACGGAGACUGACUUAUGCUUGCACGAUGGUGACAUUGGUCCACGAGAUAGCAAUGAUCUUGCUUCCCUUGAAAAGCGAAAGGUCUAUUUCGCCGAGAAGAACCCUAAGAUUACGCGGAUUUUAAAAGGCAUCGCAGAAGGCCAUUUAACUUUCCAUUAUGCUCGAUUCCAAGACUUGCACAACAGCCAUCCACACGAAUUCUUCUUGGAGAUAGCGUAUUGGAUUGGUACCCAGAUUGGCGUUGAUCCUGAUGCCGAUAGUGUGGCACACUUUCGAUCAAGACCGGGUGAGCGCUGGGUUGUCUUUCACAUUCACUUUACGCAGCGCAACGACGAACUGAUCACGGAAAACCCGAGAGUAAACUCACUCUUCCGUGCUGUUCCUGGCAGCGGAUCUCUUACAAUCUAUCCUACUGCCAGCGGUCUAAACGUCUUCCAUGCUGACGCCAUUGAAACCUACCGCAACGGCGCUGAUGCAAGAAUUCACCAACGAUUCCUUAGUGACCUUGGCUUUGCAUAUAUAUCUUAA